AUGAGCCGCAAGGGAAUCCUGUUCGUGAUAUCGGCGCCCUCCGGCGGCGGCAAGACAUCGCUGUGCGAGGCACUGUGCGCCGCCAUGGACGACGUGGUGCGAUCCGUCUCCUGCACCACGCGCGCGCCGCGGGCGCAGGAACAGGAUGGCCUCGACUAUUACUUCAUCAGUGCACAACAAUUUGCCGAGCGCGUGGCUGCCGGGGAUUUUCUGGAAUGGGCCUGCGUGCACCGGCACCGCUACGGCACGCUGCGGCAGCCAAUCGACGAGGCCACGGCUGCCGGCAAGGACGUCUUGCUGGUCAUCGACGUGCAAGGCGCCGAACAAUUGCGCCGCGCUGGCGUCGACGCGGUGCACGUCUUCGUGCUACCGCCCUCGUGGCAGGCGUUGGAAGAGCGGCUGGCGGGGCGCGAGUCCGGCACCAAAACAGCGCGCGCAAGGCUGGCAGUCGCCCGGCAGGAAAGCGCCCAGUACACGGCGUAUGACUACGUGCUGAUCAACGACUGCUUUGCCGAAGCGCUGGCGGCGCUGAAGGCCAUCGUCCUCGCGGAGCGCCACCGUGUUCGGCGCGCUGAUCCGGCGCCGAUUCUGCAACUCCUGAACGGCGGUACGUAA